UUCAUCUGUCAUCCAGAUUGUUUCCAAUUUUGGUUAAACAAAGGAACUCUCUUGUGUGGACAUUUGGUGCGAUUUUACUGAAAUAAUUUACGAAAAUUGCGUCAAUUCAACACAUCGUGCACAAAGAGUGAAUAAUUGAUUCGUUAAUAUGUCGUCAAUAAACGUAAUGGACUUGGAAUUAAAGCGAGCAUUCACAGAAAUGCAAGUGAACAAAAUCGAAACAACAAAAAAACUGAAAAUGUUUGAACUUCAAACCGAAAUGCUAAAAACAUCGAAAAAGAAGUACGAGAUCACCGACAAAGAAGUUUCCAAUCUCACACCGGAUACAAGAGUGUAUUCUUCUGUUGGUCGAAUGUUUGUCUUGUCUUCGCUGCCAGAAAUUCAUGAUGAGAUAAUAUCCAAGCAAGGCAAAUGCGAUGAAAUAUUGAAAUCUCUUGAUGACAAGAGAGAAUUCCUUCUUAAGACCUCGAAAGAACAAGAGGAAAGUUUACGUGAAUUGGUACAGCAACGGAAAGAAGCCAGAUCCAAUUGAAAGCAAUAAAUUAUCAUAUUUUCAAAACCAUCAAAACAAUGUCUUGCAUUUUCAAUGAGCAACUUUACCCAUACAAAUAAAUUAUUAUUGUUCAAAAGUUA